ACGCGGGGAGCCGGGUAACAGGUGUCUUCUGUUCUUGUUGGAGCUCCGGCCAUCACUGGGAGUGACCGACCGAGGCCGCAGAGAUGGCCGGGGCCUCGGUGAAGGUGGCGGUGCGCGUCCGCCCCUUCAAUUCCCGGGAGAUGAGCCGAGACUCCAAGUGCAUCAUCCAGAUGUCGGGCAGCACCACCACCAUCGUCAACCCCAAGCAGCCCAAGGAGACGCCCAAGAGCUUCAGCUUCGACUACUCCUACUGGUCACACACCUCGCCCGAGGACAUCAACUACGCCUCGCAGAAGCAGGUGUACCGCGACAUCGGGGAGGAGAUGCUGCAGCAUGCCUUCGAGGGCUACAACGUGUGCAUCUUUGCCUAUGGGCAGACGGGCGCCGGCAAGUCCUACACCAUGAUGGGCAAGCAGGAGAAGGACCAGCAGGGCAUCAUCCCCCAGCUCUGUGAAGACCUCUUCUCUCGGAUCAAUGACACGACCAAUGACAACAUGUCCUACUCUGUGGAGGUCAGCUACAUGGAGAUCUACUGCGAGCGUGUCCGUGACCUCCUGAACCCCAAAAACAAAGGCAACCUGCGCGUGAGGGAGCACCCCUUGCUGGGGCCCUAUGUGGAGGACCUCUCCAAGCUGGCUGUCACUUCCUACAAUGACAUCCAGGACCUCAUGGACUCAGGGAACAAGGCCAGGACCGUGGCGGCCACAAACAUGAAUGAGACCAGCAGUCGCUCCCACGCCGUCUUCAACAUCAUCUUCACCCAGAAGCGCCACGACGCGGAGACCGACAUCACCACGGAGAAGGUGAGCAAGAUCAGCCUGGUGGACCUGGCCGGGAGUGAGCGGGCCGACUCCACUGGAGCCAAGGGCACGCGCCUCAAGGAGGGCGCCAACAUCAACAAGUCCUUGACCACGCUGGGGAAGGUCAUCUCUGCCCUGGCGGAAAUGGACUCUGGACCCAAUAAGAACAAGAAAAAGAAGAAGACGGAUUUCAUCCCCUACAGAGACUCUGUGCUGACCUGGCUCCUCCGGGAAAACCUGGGUGGUAACUCAAGGACAGCGAUGGUGGCAGCCCUGAGUCCUGCAGAUAUCAAUUAUGACGAGACCCUCAGCACACUGAGGUAUGCCGACCGGGCCAAGCAGAUCCGCUGUAAUGCCGUCAUUAAUGAGGACCCCAACAACAAGCUGAUCCGAGAGCUGAAGGAUGAGGUGACCCGGCUUCGGGACCUGCUGUACGCCCAGGGUCUUGGUGACAUCACCGACACCAACACUGUGCCCGGAGGACCCAAAUACAUGUCCGACCUUGAGAACAAUAACCGUAACCAUGGUGAGGCCGCCCUGAGUCCAGCCCCUGACCCUCUCUCCACAGUGACCAACGCCCUGGUGGGCAUGAGCCCCUCAUCCUCGCUGUCCGCCCUGUCCAGCCGUGCGGCCUCCGUAUCCAGCCUGCACGAGCGCAUCUUGUUUGCCCCAGGCAGUGAGGAGGCCAUUGAAAGGCUGAAGGAGACAGAGAAGAUCAUUGCCGAGCUCAAUGAAACCUGGGAGGAGAAGCUGCGGCGGACGGAAGCCAUCCGGAUGGAGAGGGAGGCCCUGCUGGCUGAGAUGGGCGUGGCCAUGCGGGAGGAUGGCGGUACCUUGGGUGUGUUCUCUCCCAAAAAGACGCCGCAUCUCGUCAACCUGAAUGAGGACCCACUGAUGUCUGAGUGCCUUCUCUACUACAUCAAGGACGGGAUCACCAGGGUGGGCAGGGAGGACGCAGAGAGGCGGCAGGACAUCGUCCUGAGCGGGCACUUCAUCAAGGAGGAGCACUGUGUCUUCCGGAGUGACAUGCGGGGCGGCAGCGAAGCUGUGGUGACACUGGAGCCCUGCGAGGGCGCAGAUACGUACGUCAACGGCAAAAAAGUGACCGAGCCCAGCAUCCUGCGCUCAGGAAACCGCAUUAUCAUGGGUAAGAGCCACGUGUUCCGGUUCAACCACCCGGAGCAGGCCCGGCAGGAGCGCGAGCGCACCCCCUGUGCAGAGACGCCUGCCGAGCCCGUGGACUGGGCCUUUGCACAGCGUGAGCUGCUGGAGAAGCAGGGCAUCGACAUGAAACAGGAGAUGGAGCAGAGGCUCCAGGAGCUAGAGGACCAGUACCGCCGGGAACGUGAGGAGGCCACCUACCUGCUGGAGCAGCAGAGGCUGGACUAUGAGAGCAAGCUGGAGGCACUGCAGAAGCAGAUGGAGUCCAGGUACUAUCCGGAGGUGGCCGAGGAGGAAGAGGAGGAGCCGGAGGACGAAGUCCAGUGGACAGAGCGGGAGUGUGAGCUGGCGCUGUGGGCCUUCCGCAAAUGGAAGUGGUACCAGUUCACAUCGCUGCGGGACCUGCUGUGGGGCAAUGCCAUCUUCCUCAAGGAGGCCAAUGCCAUCAGUGUGGAGCUGAAGAAAAAGGUCCAGUUCCAGUUUGUCCUCCUCACGGACACCCUGUACUCCCCACUGCCACCGGAUCUGCUGCCCCCAGAAGCCGCCAAAGAACGAGAGACACGCCCCUUCCCCCGCACCAUCGUGGCCGUGGAGGUCCAGGACCAGAAGAAUGGGGCCACCCACUACUGGACGCUGGAGAAGCUCAGGCAGCGCCUGGACCUGAUGCGGGAGAUGUACGACAGGGCCGCGGAGGUGCCCGCCAGCGUUGUUGAGGACUGUGACAACGUGGUGACCGGCGGGGACCCUUUCUACGACCGCUUUCCCUGGUUCCGACUGGUGGGCAGUUCAGUCAUCUCUGGCUGCAACAGCUACCCUCUUCUCAACACAUGCAUGAGCGAGCGCAUGGCUGCUCUCACCCCCUCCCCCACCUUCUCGAGCCCCGACUCCGACGCCACCGAGCCUGCCGAGGAGCAGAGCGUGGGGGAGGAGGAGGAGGAGGAGGAGGAGGAGGAGGAGGAGGAGGACCUGGAGGACGACGUCUUUCCGGAGCGCGCGCUGUGCAACGGCCGGGACCCGUUUUACGACCGGUCCCCCCUGUUCAGUGUAGUAGGAAGGGCCUUCGUGUACCUGAGCAACCUGCUGUACCCCGUGCCCCUGGUGCACCGCGUGGCCAUCGUGAGUGAGAAGGGCGAGGUGAAGGGCUUCCUGCGUGUGGCUGUGCAGGCCAUCUCAGCUGACGAGGAAGCCCCCGAUUAUGGCUCUGGUGUCCGCCAGUCAGGAACUGCUAAGAUCUCUUUCGACGACCAGCAUUUUGAAAAGUUCCAGUCCGAGUCCUGCCCCGUGGUGGGGAUGUCCCGCUCGGGAACCUCCCAGGAGGAGCUGCGCAUUGUGGAGGGCCAGGGCCAGGGCGCAGACACAGGGCCCUCAGCUGAUGAGGUCAACAACAACACCUGCUCUGCAGCAGUGCCCCCGGAUGGCCUCCUCUUGGACAGCCCCGAGAAAGCCACCCUGGAGGGGCCCCUGGAUGCCGCCCUAGACCACCUCCGCCUGGGCAGCACCUUCACCUUCCGCGUGACCGUCCUGCAGGCGUCCAGCAUCUCUGCCGAAUAUGCCGACAUCUUCUGCCAGUUCAACUUCAUCCAUCGGCACGACGAGGCCUUCUCCACAGAGCCCCUGAAGAACACGGGCAGGGGCCCUCCACUUGGCUUCUACCACGUCCAGAACAUUGCGGUGGAGGUGACCAAGUCCUUCAUCGAGUACAUCAAGAGCCAGCCCAUUGUGUUCGAGGUCUUUGGCCACUACCAGCAGCACCCUUUCCCGCCCCUCUGCAAGGACGUGCUCAGCCCCCUGAGGCCUUCCCGCCGCCACUUCCCGCGUGUCAUGCCGCUGUCCAAGCCAGUGCCCGCCACUAAGCUCAGCACGCUGACGCGGCCCUGCCCUGGGCCCUGCCACUGCAAGUACGACCUGCUGGUCUACUUCGAGAUCUGCGAGCUGGAGGCCAACGGCGAUUACAUUCCAGCCGUGGUGGACCACCGCGGGGGCAUGCCCUGCAUGGGGACCUUCCUCCUGCACCAGGGCAUCCAGAGACGGAUAACCGUGACGCUGCUGCACGAGACGGGCAGCCACAUCCGCUGGAAGGAAGUGCGGGAGCUGGUCGUGGGUCGCAUCCGAAACACUCCCGAAACUGACGAGUCCCUGAUUGACCCCAACAUCUUGUCUCUCAACAUCCUGUCCUCUGGCUACAUCCACCCAGCCCAGGAUGACCGGCAGUUUCUUGAUUCGGACAUCCCUAGCGUGUCCUUCGGAAUUGACACUAGGACUUUCUUCCAGUUUGAGGCCGCCUGGGACAGCUCCAUGCACAACUCCCUUCUGCUGAACCGCGUCACCCCGUACCGGGAGAAGAUCUACAUGACCCUGUCCGCCUACAUCGAGAUGGAGAACUGCACGCAGCCGGCCGUCAUCACCAAGGACUUCUGCAUGGUCUUCUACUCCCGUGAUGCCAAACUGCCAGCCUCGCGCUCCAUCCGCAACCUGUUUGGCAGCGGAAGCCUGCGGGCCUCGGAGGGCAACCGCGUGACGGGUGUGUAUGAGCUCAGCCUGUGCCACGUGGCCGACGCGGGGAGCCCAGGGAUGCAGCGGCGGCGCCGGCGGGUGCUGGACACGUCCGUGGCCUACGUCCGCGGUGAGGAGAACCUGGCUGGCUGGCGGCCCCGCAGCGACAGCCUGAUCCUGGACCACCAGUGGGAGCUGGAGAAGCUGAGCCUCCUGCAGGAGGUGGAGAAGACCCGGCACUAUCUGCUUCUGCGGGAGAAGCUGGAGACCACCCAGCGGCCCGGGCCUGACGCGCUGUCCCCCGUCUCCAGCGAGGAUUCCGAGUCCCGCAGCUCCUCUGGCGCCUCCUCCCCGCUGUCAGCUGAGGGCCGCCCUUCGCCCCUGGAGGCUCCCAGCGAGAGGCAGCGGGAGCUGGCUGUCAAGUGCCUGCGCCUCCUCACGCACACGUUCAACAGGGAAUACACACACAGCCACGUCUGCAUCAGCGCCAGCGAGAGCAAGCUCUCCGAGAUGUCUGUCACCCUGCUGCGAGACCCGUCCAUGUCCCCCCUGGAUGCAACCACGCUCACCCCAUCCUCCACCUGCCCCUCUCUGGUGGAAGGACGCUAUGGUGCCGCCGAUGUGAGGACCCCCCAGCCCUGCUCCCGGCCCUCCAGCCCAGAACCUGAGCUAGUGCCCGAGGCUGACUGCAAGAAGCUCCCCUCCCCUGUCCAGGCGACCGAGGCAGACAAGGAGCCCCAGCGUCUGCUGGUCCCUGACAUCCAGGAGAUCCGCGUCAGCCCGAUCGUGUCCAAGAAGGGUUACCUGCACUUCCUGGAGCCGCACACGGCUGGCUGGGCCAAGCGCUUCGUGGUGGUGCGGCGCCCCUACGCCUACAUGUACAACAGUGACAAGGACACCGUGGAGAGGUUCGUGCUCAACCUCUCCACCGCCCAGGUGGAGUACAGUGAGGACCAGCAGGCCAUGCUCAAGACGCCCAACACGUUCGCAGUGUGCACGGAGCACCGUGGCAUCCUGCUGCAGGCCAGCAGCGACAAGGACAUGCACGACUGGCUGUAUGCGUUCAACCCGCUGCUGGCGGGGACCAUAAGGUCCAAGCUGUCCAGGAGGAGGUCCGCGCAGAUGCGGGUCUGAGCCAAGCCCUCCCGAAGCCCGCAGCCGGCCCUCCCAUCCUCAUCCCCAUCUGUCCUGUCAUCCGCCACCCAGCCCUUCCCCACCAGGGGGCGCCCUGCUGGGCCCAGCGACCCCUCUGGCCGGGGCCUGCGCACACAGGCAGUGGAUUGGGGAGGAAGCUGCACAUGCUGCCCUUUCUCCUUCCAAGACCGCUGGAGCCGGAGAGUUGGGACGUGCGGAAAGGCCAGAGGGCACAGACCGGGAGUCGCUGCUGCUCUCCUAUUUUUUUAAGCAUAGACAGACUUAUAAUUAAUAUCUGUUAGGUAGUGAUGUUCAAACAGUCCACUGAGAAAUUAACUAUAAGACUGUGUACUAUUUAUAAGUAUUUAUUUCUAAUGCCUCGUAGCCCCGUGAGAGUCAGAUGUUCCCACCCUUGUCCCACGUGCUCACCGGCCUGCCAGGGGAGGAAUGAGGGGACGCCCCUGCCCGGACCAGGCUUCUCAGAGGGCAGGGCUGGUGGCGCUUGGGAUCUGUGGGUGCCUGAGCUGGCCAGCAGCUCCAAAGGUGGACACAGAGGGUGGUGCCAGCAGCUGGAGGAUGAGCUGGUGAGACUAGGCCCAGGGAUGGUCCCGGGCAGGGCUAGGGGAGAAGGUUAGGGUCCCCGUGCGGGUGUCCAGGGUCCCCGUGCGGGUGUCUGUCCACGGUCCCAUGCGGGUGUCCAGGCCAGUGGGCCGGUGCCCGGGCUGGGUGAGGGCUAUAGGCACAGUGGCAUUUGGGCUGAGGUCCCGGCCUCUCUGGCUAAGUGAGGAGAGUGCUGCAGAGUGGCUCUGGGCAGGAGUCGGGUUUCUCACAGACGCUUUCUCCUCUGCCCCGGGGAGAGAGUCUGCUGCCCUGCAGAGGUGUCUGUCAGGCAGACCAGGGUGCCCCAUGCUGGCUAUCAUCAUCAUGGGGCUCUUUCAUCUGCAACUGGGGUCAUUUGGAAACAGGAACCAAGCAGGCUGCACGCACGGGGCUGGGGUGAGCCGGGAGCCAGGCUGUCCCCAGGAGGCCCAGACACGACAUGCAGACACUCACGAGUCUGUGCCCUGCUGAUGGAAGCGUGCACAGCAUCUCCUGGGGGGCGGGGCGGGGACACCACACUCACUAGGAGGGUUCUGGAUCCAGAUUUCCUGUGGGCAGUGCCAAGGCUCCUUAACCUUUGCCCAGGCAGCCUGGGCUCAGGGGAGAGGGGAGCUCAGCUUCCAUACCUGGGCCUCCCUCCCCAGCCCUAGCACCCAUCCCAGGAAACCACACCCCUGCAGCCAUGACAUGCUGCUCUUUUAGAGACCCCAGGUGAGGAUGCCCCCCCAGACCAAAAGUACCUUGACUGAGCGCCAGGUGGGUGCUGCCCACUGUGAACCUCGGAGGCGCUGGGCUGACACAGAGCAACAGGCACUGCAUGAGUUCCCACGCUGGCACUAGGACCCCCUCAGGCAGGGAGAAGAGAUGGGGCUCCCCAGGGCGAGUCCCGGCGGAAGAGGGGUCAGGCCCACUGCACCUGCGCAGGCCAGCCAGCCUGAAGCCAUGGCACAGGGGUCUGGGCCCAGCCAGCAUGUAGUGCCUGCGGCCAGCCAGCCUGCAGAGCACUGCGGCCGGGAGGGAGGGAGCCCCAAGCCAUGGAGCUGAGGACGGUCCUUUUAGCCUAAACAGAGGGGGCUUCCAGUGGUCCCUGCUCUGUGGGGAGGUCCCAGUCAGAGCUGGGAACCCAGAGGUGAUGGUGAGAGAGGUCCAACCACCCCACCCUGCCGAGGAGAUUCCCUGUGCGUUAGGACAGCGAAGCAGCUCCUGCACUCCCAGCGCCUGGGUUCCACACCUGUGAGAAGGCUGGCAUCGGAGCACAGAGAAGGGCGUGUAGUCUGGCUGUGGGCACUGUUUCCCACUGAGUGAAGCUGAGAAAGCUCUAGGAGGCCCUUCUCUAGGCCCUGUUGUUCCGAUGCCUGGUGCUGCCCGGGCUUGGGGUGGACAGGGUUCUCCAGGAGAUGCCAGUGCUGGGGGCACCGGCUGCGCACACCCCGCACACCGGACGGCUGUGGUGACGGCCCUCCCCGCCAGUCACAUGCCAAGUGGGGACCCCAGAAGCCAGGCGCCUUGCCCCGGGGGCCAUGCAGCUCCCCAGACAGACAGGCUGUGGCUGACCGGCUUGCCCCUGGGCCUGAGCCUCCCGUAGCUCAUCCAUCCCGAAGGCCCCUGUGUCAGAGGGCCCCCCUGGCUUGUACAUAACGUGAUUGCGGUGGGCACGCGCGGCCCGCGUUGUAACACCACCCGUGUAACGGUUCAGUCCCCGAUGUCUUACACCGAGUGUUAGCUGUAGGCUCCUGUCCCCUGUGUGCACUCAAUGCUGUCCAUGGAGAAAUAAACGUGGCUCGUACGCAGCCCACACGUGG